AUGGGUCGCAAGAAAACCAAAGAGCCGAAGCAGAUCAAAGUGGGCGACUUUGUGUUCGCGAAGGUGCGUGGGUUUCGCGCCUGGCCGGCGCGUGUGCUGCAGGAGGACGGCAACAUCUAUCAGGUGUACUUCUACGGCACUUGCAACGUCGCCAAGGUGCGCGGCUCGCAGCUGUUCGACUUCGAGGCGAACAAAGUGCGCUUUGGCCAGAUGAAGCAGAAGCAGUACGGUGGAUUUCGGGAGGCCAUGGAGGACGCAGAGAAGUCGCUGGCGCGACCACGUGAGGAUGAGGGCUAUUUCAAGGCGAAGGUGCAGAGCGCCCGUAGUCAAGUCGCCGCCUUCACCAGAUCCAGGAAGAAGAAGGCGGAUGAAGCGACUCUUCCCUUCAUACAUAUAACCGGGGACUCGGACUAGAGCGUCCGAAUUACGUUGUUUAAGUUUGCACAAAGUGGAAAUGGAAUUUAUCAAAUACAUAAGAUGGACAUGUUUUUAAGUUU